AUGAAAUCCUUUGGCACUCUUCAUGUUGUCACAGAUAUUCUUUCAAUGAUAAUCGAUGAUGGCAAGCGGACGCAUAGAUUAACUCACGAAUUUGCGCUAAUACCAAUCCUGCUGGUUUAUCCGGUAUCGGCAUGUUUCGGCGGUUCCGGAUGCUGUCAUUCACAACAACAGGGAUGCGGAUCUUCUUGUGGUGGAGGUGUACCGGUUGGUGGCAGAGGAGGGUAUGCAGUUCCAUCCGGAGGAGGAAGUUAUGCAGCACCAGCACUUAGUGCUCCUUCAUCUUACAGUGUACCUUCAGCACCAGGAGGGGGAUCUUACGCUGUGGGUCCAGCACCCGCACCACCGUCAUCUUACGGUCUAGGCUCAGCACCCGCACCAGCAUCUUAUGGUAUAGGCCCAGCGCCUGCACCAGGGCCAUCAUACAAUGCACCUCAAGGAGGACCGUCGCCAGGAUUUUACGGUGGACCACAGGCACCAUCAUAUUCUGGUGGUCCAUCAGCCUUCGGUGGAGCACAGGCACCAUCAUAUUCUGGUGGUCCAUCAGCCUUCGGUGGAGCACAGGCACCAUCAUAUUCUGGUGGUACAUCAGCAUACAGUGGACAACAGGGAGCGCCACCAUCACAAUUUAGAGAUCCUAGUCUGGGUGGUGCACAAGCACCCCUACUACCACCAGAAAAUCCAUCAGUACCAGGACGAUUUGCAGAAGCUGUUGAACAAGCAACUCUUCCUGAUGGUGGCGCAAUUGAUCUUGCAGGCAUUUCAUCAGCAUCAUCAUCCAUUGGUGAACCGAUUGAAGGUGCAACGCACGACGUUGUUCAACAGCAAGCUCCAACAGCUUCAACAAUACAAGCCGUUCCAGUUAUUACAAAAAAUAACAAACUACGACAUUGGCGAUAUUAA